ACGGGUCACAUCGCGUAUUCGUCUGCUCGCGUUCUUCGCGUGAAAAACAGUGUAUUCGAUCGAUAAGAAGAAAAGAAAGUAGAAAGAGCAUCUAUAAAAUAUGCGGACAUCGUGGUUGACGCUAUUAUGUUUCGGUGGAAUUUCUCUCGACGAUACGCUCGCGUUUUCGAAGAAAGAUACGAUGAAAGUGAUUCGCGAAUGGAAGUAUAUCGAUUACUCGUACCCGACCAAGGAACAAAAAGAAUCUGCCAUUAAGUCCGGCGAGUACAAUCACAGUAACUGUUUUCCCAUAGAUGUCGAUCAAUGGCACGAGAAAACAUUCGUGACCGUGAUCAGGGACGUAGGUGUACCCUCCUCUUUGAACGUCGUAUCGAAGAAAGUCGGCGAUGGCGGUCCUUUACUCUUGCCGUACCCUAAUUGGAGUUGGACGAAAACCGACACUUGCGACGGAAUUAUAAGCGUUUACAGAGUCGCGAUCGAUAGGUGCGACAGACUGUGGGUCAUAGACAACGGUAUCAUCGGUUCGAACAGAAUUUGUCCGGCAAAGUUGCUCGCCUUCCAUUUACCGACUUCGCGGUUGCUGGAAAAAGUCACGAUACCUGACAAGGUCGCGAGGAACUCUACUACGGGAAAUGGCCUGUUGAUAACGCCGAUUGUUGAAACUUACGGUCAGCGCUGCGAAAUAACCAAGGUGUACAUCUCAGACGUCGAAGGUUACGGUAUAAUAGUGUACGAUGGAUUAGCUUUUCGACGGUUAACUUCGGCAGCGGUGGUUUACGAUCCUAAAGCGACAAACUAUACGAUCAAGGGACAGAGUUUCGCGUUGAAAGACGGCCCUGUAGGAAUGGCCUUCUCUCCUUUCACGAAGAAUCUUUACUACAGUCCAAUGUCCAGUUACGAUAUGAAUAUACUUCAUACUCGAUCGGUUUUCGCACCAGGACAUUCGAAUUAUCGAUUCUCGGAGAAUAAGCAUAUUUUACCGACCCAGGCGAGCGCUAAAGCCAUGUCCAGUAGCGGAAUUCUGUUCUUCGGACUGGUAAAUAGCACGUCGAUCGGUUGCUGGAACGAAUCGAAAUUACUUAAAAGGAAAAACUUUGAUUUUGUUGCCGUUAACGAUCAGACUCUACAGUUCACCAGCGGCAUGAAAGUGAAGAAUCGUCGUGGACGGGAAGAAUUGUGGGCGUUGUCUAACCGAUAUCAAAAAAUAGCUACAGGAACUAUGAACUUCGAGGAAGUGAAUUUUCGAAUAUUGACAGGACACGUAAACAGAUUAAUCGAGGGUACUCUUUGCCAGGCGAAAUAUUAGAAUACUAACCUAAAUAGUUUCCACCCGUGUUCGACGAUCGGUCUGAUAAACAGUUAUCUCGUCCGUUGGCUGCGGCUUCCUUUCUUUGCACCUGCUACAACAAUUACGUACUUACCGGAACACGCGACAAGUUUCUUGCAACUUUUUUAAAUCGUUAUAAAUUCCAUAAGAUACCCCUGGAAAUGAUAUUAUACAUAUAGGAAUAAGAUGAAAUAAAAGAAAUUU